AUGGCAGAGGGAAACAACAAAGAGGAGGCCAUUCUCUUGAACAAUGUUCACUGCCACAGGAGAGAGAAAGGGAUGACUGACAAAGAUUUUACCAUAACCAUAUCUGGCUCUGAUGAGGAAGGUAUUCCAGUGCUACUUAUCCCUGCUUUUGAGCAACAUGAAGAUGACUACGUGGAUAAUGAUGUCAUACUGACAGAAAACUAUAAACCUCAGACAUACCGAGCUAGUGUCUUCAAAUCAGCUGCCCCGUGGCAAGAUCUGAACAGAUUGGGAAAAGAAAGUCCCAGAAAGUCUAGGGGAGACUGUGAAACAGAUACCCACAACUGUUUCUACUACUGUAACAAAUCAUUGCUUGGUUUUGGAGCACAGGCUGAUUCUGAGGAUGAAUAUCAUGGUUUUCUGAAUCUUGAUGGUGGUAAAAAAGUAGCCAAAACUGCACCAAGAAUUAAGCAGACAGCAAACAACACAGUCAACCCCAAAUUGGAGCAGAAAGACAUUAGAGUGGGAGAAAAUGGCCUGCUUUUCCCAGAAAGUGAGUCUCUGAAAGCUCAGAACCUAUCAUCUGAAGACUCAGAGACAGAUUCAUCAAAUCCUGGAGAGACAGCUACUUCAGUAGAUGACCAGGUCAUUGAGGGAGAACAUUGGCUUGAUCACCCACCCUUCCAAGAUCUGAAUCCCCAGUCUCAGAAAAGAACAAACCAGGUUGUACCCAAAGAGACUCAUUAUGAAGCAGAAAUGCACACAAUGGUCUUGUGGCAAGAUUUCUCAGAGCCUGCUUUUCCAUAUCCAGAACCCCAGCAGGAGGGAGUCCCUGUUCCUUCUUCUCCUCAGCUGGCCCUUCCUCUGGAAGAACUUGAAGAUCAGCACUUAAUACUUGAUGAAGACCCUGGACUGGCUUUCUUAUCAGGAACUCAGGAGGCCAAUUUGAAAAGUACGUGGGGACAAGAAGCUGCUAAAAUAGAUCCAGAACUUGUUACAUUAUUAGUGAAAGAAACAGAAGCAAGAUUUCCAGAUGUAGCAAAUGGAUAUGUUAAAGAGAUCAUUCAUUUGAAGCAUUACUAUGAUUUGAAUGUACUUUGUAAUUUUCUUCUGGAAAACCCAGAUUAUCCAAAGAGAGAAGACCAAGUUAUUAUGUACCCCAGGAGCGGCCUGCUUGCUACUCAGGGUGAUGUGAUGUUGCCCAAAAUAGACAUUUUUGACUAUUCCAAACUGACUCCACUUGACCAGGGAUGCAUCCUUCAAGCUGCUGACCUCUUGAUGGCUGAAUUCAAGAUGCUCAGCAGUCAAGACAUCAAGUGGGCCCUGCAGGAGCUCAAAGGACACUAUGCAAUCACGAGAAAGGCCUUCUCUGAUGCUAUUGAAAAAUGGCAGGAGGAAUCAUCUGAACCCAGUGGAAAACAGAAAAAGAAGAAAGAAAUGAAUCAGUCUUCUUUCAUAGAUUUCAAAUUUGAACAGGGCAAUAUAAAAAUAGAAAAGAGGAUGUUCUUUUUGGAUAACAAGCGUCAACACUGUAGAUCCUAUGACCAGAAAGACCUCCUGCCAGCUGUGCAGCAAGAGCAGGAAUUCUAUGAGCAGAAAAUCAAAGAGAAGGCAGAGCAUGAAGACUUUUUGCUUCCUCUGCAGAUGAAUGCAAAACCAUAUGAAAAGGAUGGACAGCUGAUUGAGUGUCGUUGCUGCUAUGGGGACUUUCCUUUUGAGGAGCUGACACAGUGCUCCGAUGCUCACUUGUUCUGCAAAGAAUGUCUCAUCAGAUAUGCCCAAGAAGCAGUAUUUGGGUCUGGACAGUCAGAACUCAGCUGCAUGAAAGGUAGCUGCACAUCUUCCUUCCCAAUUAGUGAACUGGAGAAGGUGCUCCCCCAGACCAUCCUGUGCAAAUACUAUGAAUGGAGAGCUGAAGAAGAAGUCACUGCAGCCUAUGCUGAUGAGCUCAUCAGGUGCCCCUCUUGUAGCUUCCCUGCUCUGUUGGACAGAGAAGUGAAGAGGUUUAGGUGCCCUAAUGUUCACUGUCUGAAGGAGACCUGUAGUAAUUGUCAGGGUCUCUGGAAAGAGCAUACCAGUCUCACCUGUGAAGUGCUGGCCGAAAAGGAUGACGUCCUGUACCGGACAUCUAUUGAAGAAAAUAUGACUGCUGCUUGCAUUAGAAAAUGCCCCCAGUGUGGCACCAGCCUCAUCAAAUCUGAAGGCUGCAACCACAAGUCUUACCGCUGUGGUGCCCAUAUGUGCUACCUCUGUCAAGUUUCUAUCGAUGACUGUGACCAUCUCUGCCAGCAUGCCCUCUCUCCAGGAGUGUCUUGCCAGGAAAGUUCCAAGUGCUCCCUCUGGACUGACCUCACUGAAGAUGAUGAAAAAUUUAUUAAGAAAAUUCAAAAAGGGCCUGAAGAGGAACAGAAAAGUAAGAAGGGAGAAAGCACAUUCAAACGAAUCAGCCCACCACUGGAGAAGCCAGCUGAGAAUGUACAGCACCUGGGAGCCCUGCCAUGGCCUGUCCCACAGGAACUGCACCGACAGAUUCCACCAUAUGCCAUUAUGCAUAGAGUUUUUCCCCGACCACCUGUAUGCCUCAUGUAUAACAAUGUCACCAUCAACUUAUGUGCUGUGCCAGUAACCUACGUACCAUCUCUGCCCAACUUGUGUGUCAACUAUGACUUAGGAAACAUGCAAGCGCCGCUGGAUGGUGGCAAUCAUGAUGAAGAUGAUGAUGCUGGUGAUGAUGAUAUUGAUGACAGUGAUGAUGAAGGUGGUAAUUAUGGUUAUUUUGAAGGAUGUGAAGAUUAUGGUGGUGAUGAUGAUGGUGGUGGUGAUGGCUAUAUUGAACACAGUGUCUAUGAUUUUCAUGAUGAUUUGGAUGGUGAUAACGGCGGUAUUGAUGAUGAUUAUUGGGAUGAUGAUUAUUGGGAUGAUGAUUAUUGGGAUGAUGAUUAUUGGGAUGAUGACUAUGAUUGUGGUGGUGAUGGUUAUUGGGAUGAUAGUGAUAGUGAAUCUUAUGAUGGAGAUGAUAAUGAUGGCUAUGGUUCAGGAUUAUAUGAGCUAGGGACAAUCACAAGAAGACUGGAGAACUUCCUGGGAAGUCUGUCUGUGGAUCUCACAACAGACCAACCUGUCCAGAAGGUGGUGUUCCACAUGUUAUCUGUUGAAGAUUAA